GGGGGGUUAGCGUCGUCAAUGGGAAGCACACGCCACGGUGGAAAAGCGAAUACUGUCUAGCUAACUUCCAUUUACAACAUGGGUUCCACGUCGAUUCCGUGUUUGUGGAUUACAUUUUGCAUUCAUUUAUGUUGUUUUAUGGACACUGGAAAAGCACAGAAUGCGAAAGAAGUGAUUCUGUUGGAUUCCAAGGCGCAGCAGACAGAGCUGGAGUGGAUAUCAUAUCCUCCUAGUGGGUGGGAAGAGAUCAGCGGGUUGGAUGAAAACUACACCCCCAUUCGCACAUACCAGGUUUGUCAGGUCAUGGAGCCGAAUCAGAACAACUGGCUUCGGACUAGCUGGAUAGAGAAGGGCGAUGCCCAGAGGAUUUUUGUGGAACUGAAGUUCACCUUGAGGGAUUGUAACAGUCUACCCGGUGUGGUGGGCACGUGCAAGGAGACAUUCAACUUGUAUUAUCAGGAAACCGAUUCGGAAGUCGGCAGGAAUAUACGAGAGAACCAGUACGUGAAAAUUGACACAAUCGCAGCAGACGAGAGCUUCACCCAGGGGGACCUGGGAGAGAGGAAGAUGAAGCUGAAUACAGAAGUGCGCAUCAUUGGGCCGCUGUCCAGACGAGGGUUUUAUCUGGCCUUCCAGGAUGUAGGGGCAUGCAUCGCACUGGUCUCUGUCAAAGUUUAUUACAAGAAGUGCUGGUCCAUCAUUGAGAACCUGGCCACUUUCCCAGACACAGUGACGGGGUCAGAGUUCUCCUCUCUGGUCGAGGUCGAGGGCACGUGUGUCAGUGACGCCGAGGAGGAGGCCGACAACUCUCCCAAGAUGCACUGCAGCGCAGAGGGGGAAUGGCUGGUGCCUAUAGGGAAAUGUAUAUGCAAAGCGGGAUUUCAUCAGAAGGGCGAUGCAUGUGAACCAUGUGGCCGUGGGUUCUACAAGUCCUCGUCCCAGGACCUGCAGUGUUCGCGCUGCCCAGCACACAGCUACAAUGAUCGGGAGGGCUCGUGGCGCUGUGACUGUGAGGACGGCUACUACCGGGGACUCUCGGACCCACCCUCUGUGGCCUGCACAAGACCUCCCUCGGCGCCACAGAACCUGGUCUACAACAUCAACCAGACCACGGUCAGCCUGGAGUGGAGCCCGCCUGCUGACACGGGCGGCCGCAACGACGUCACCUACAGGAUUAUGUGCCGGCGCUGCAGCUGGGAGCCCGAGGAGUGCGUAGCGUGCGGGGGGAACGUGGGAUACUCCCCCCAGCAGGCGGGAUUAGUGGACACCUACGUGAGCGUGGUGGACCUGCUGGCCCACGCCAACUACACCUUCGAGGUUGAGGCAGUCAACGGGGUAUCUGACCUCAGCCGCACCCAGAGGCUGUUCGCCGCAGUCAGCAUCGCCACCAGUCAAGCAACUCCCUCCCAAGUCAGUGAAGUCAUCAAGGAGAGAGUGCAGCAGCGCAGCAUCCAGCUCUCCUGGCAGGAGCCUGAGCAGCCCAAUGGGGUCAUCACCGAAUAUGAGAUCAAGUACUACGAAAAAGACCAGAAGGAUCGCAUCUACUCCACAGUGAAGUCCAGGUCCACGUCAGCCACAGUGAACAACCUGAAGCCCAGCACUGCCUACGUGUUCCAGAUCCGAGCCUUCACCGCGGCCGGCUACGGCACCUAUGGACCCCGGCUGGAGGUCACCACCAAGGAGGAGGCCUCAGCAGCCACCAUUGUCUCCAGCGAGCAGAAUCCCGUCAUCAUCAUCGCGGUGGUGGCCGUGGCGGGGACCAUCAUCCUGGUCUUCAUGGUGUUCGGCUUCAUCAUUGGGAGAAGACACUGUGGCUACAGCAAGGCGGACCAGGAAGGAGACGAGGAGCUGUAUUUCCAAUUUAAAUUUCCAGGCACCAAAACAUACAUUGACCCUGAAACCUACGAGGACCCGAACAGGGCUGUCCAUCAAUUUGCCAAGGAGCUGGACGCGUCCUGCAUUAAGAUUGAGCGAGUUAUUGGGGCAGGAGAGUUUGGGGAGGUGUGUAGUGGACGGAUGAAGCUCCCAGGGAAACGGGACAUGUCAGUGGCCAUUAAAACCCUGAAGGUGGGCUACUCAGAGAAACAAAGGAGGGACUUCCUGUGUGAGGCCAGCAUUAUGGGCCAGUUUGACCAUCCCAAUGUUGUCCAUCUGGAGGGAGUGGUGACCAGAGGCAAACCGGUGAUGAUUGUGAUUGAAUAUAUGGAAAACUGCUCGUUAGAUGCUUUUCUCAGGAAACACGAUGGUCAGUUCACAGUGAUCCAGUUAGUGGGGAUGCUGCGGGGCAUAGCAGCGGGGAUGAGAUAUCUCUCCGACAUGGGGUAUGUCCAUCGAGAUCUGGCUGCACGAAACGUACUUGUCAACAGCAAUCUCGUAUGUAAAGUGUCUGACUUCGGCCUGUCAAGAGUGAUCGAUGACGAUCCCGAGGCUGUCUACACAACAACGGGUGGAAAGAUACCUGUUCGAUGGACAGCAAUGGAAGCCAUCCAGUAUCGUAAAUUCACUUCCGCUAGUGAUGUGUGGAGUUAUGGCAUUGUCAUGUGGGAGGUCAUGUCCUAUGGGGAACGGCCUUACUGGGACAUGUCAAAUCAAGAUGUGAUAAAGGCCAUAGAGGAGGGGUACCGCCUCCCUGCUCCCAUGGACUGCCCUCCAGGCCUGCACCAGCUAAUGCUGGACUGCUGGCAGAAAGACAGGGCCGAUCGUCCCAAAUUUGAUCAAAUAGUUGGCAUCCUCGAUAAGAUGAUUCGCAAUCCCAAUACCUUGAAAACCCCGGUGGGAACCUGCACGAGGCCGAUUAGUCCCCUGUUAGAUCAGAGCACACCAGACUUCACUACUUUCCGCUCGGUGGGGGAGUGGCUGGAGGCCAUCAAGAUGGAGAGAUACAGAGACAACUUCACCGCCGCUGGCUACAGCUCACUGGACUCUGUGGCCAGGAUGUCAAUUGAGGAUGUGAUGAGCUUGGGGAUCAGUUUAGUGGGCCACCAGAAGAAGAUCAUGAGCAGCAUACAGACUAUGAGAGCCCAGAUGCUGCAUCUCCAUGGCACAGGAAUCCAGGUGUGAUGACAGACUACAGUGCCCCCUGUGGACGGGCUAUCUAGAGCAGCACUAAGGCAAAACCUCCCAGGAUAAUCAUUGAAAAUCAUGUGACGUGAAGUCGUCUCCUUAUCUGACUAUUUUUUUUCCGGAUGUUUCGGAAUGAAAUAAUUCCUGUGAUCCUUGGCGAAGGAUUUUAACCCCUCUUUAGAACGGGUACUAAGGAGAGAAAGACAGAAAACUACCUGAACAUGAUGCCGAACUUAAAACGCUCUGAGGAACUCUCAACAACAUAUCAAAAUAGAGAUGGAGCUUUGGAAAAUGAGUUUGAUACGUAAUUACCUUGUUCUUUUAACCUCGUGAAUGAUUUUAUUUGUGCACCAUGAAAAUGGAUUUCACUUUAAAAAAAAGGAAAAAGAAAGAAGAUUACAAACAAUUUGUUUAUUCCCCUUGCGGUGGUUUUUCAGUAUUUUCUUUACCAGUUUGUUCAUUUUGUCAGUGUCAGGAGCCACAGUGAUAUGGUGUGGUACGUACAGUAAUCUUUCAUUUUUAUUUUCCCCUUACAAUUUUUUUCUUCUUUUUUUUAAAUAUAUUUUGGACUUGACAACAGGGUAAACGCUCACAUCCAAAAGGAUGAGUAUGGUGGUCUGAACAUUUUGGUGGAGACGAUUUCAAGGUACUUUGACCAGUUUGUCUUGAGACACUACUGGCUGUUUUAACUGUUUGCAGUGAGUUGUGUUUUUUUUCUUCCUGAUGUUUUUGAAGUGAACAACGGUAUGCUGCACCUCAGAUAAGUGACUUCAGAGAUAGUAGUGUUCUCUCGGUCGUUUGAAGCUUACAGGAGUGCUUUGCUUGUACGCAUUUGCCUGAACACAGAUGCUCCCAUUUUGUGAUGGAAAAUCGGAUUUCAAAUUUGUAUGUCGAAAUUUUGAAACAGUACGACGCCAAUCAUUCAAGUUGAUUUGAGAUUGAUCACAACUUUUAUAUCUAAUAUCAAGCAUCAAAGUGGCAACAUUCUUGACAUGUUCAUGUUUACCACAUGAAUCAUUUGAUCGUAUUGUCCAAUGUGCUUUCAAUCUGAACUUUUGAUUUCCGUUGUCGAAUUCAUCAAUUGAACGUUUCCACAGAUUGCUCUACAGAAGGAUUGUAUUGAAACUUAAUGAGAUGACUUGAUCCACUGUAAAUGGUGUUGCCAUUGAAAUGCCCCCCCCCCAAAAAAAAAUGUUGCAGCAAAUGGUAUUUGUUUUGUAUUUUAGUGAAUACGGUGGUUGAGGGUGAAUCUAGGAAAUGCUGUGUAUGCACUUUCUAGAAGUAAUAAUGCCUUAAAAUGUGUUAGACUAAUGUAUUGACAUUCUUUUUAGGCUAUUCAAUGGCAAUGUUUUUUGCAGUUCAGUGAGACAGGUCUUGUGUCUGAAUGGAAAGGUUCCCCAUUUUCUUUGUGGUAUCAUUUCAUGCAGGUUGACGUUUAUUGUUACGAAUCUUUCCCUGGAGGCAGAACUGAGCAGUUUCCGCUAGAUGGGCCAGCUGCAAAAUCCAAAUUGGCUAUAUCGUAAAAAUUCAUGAAAACAAACAUUCGCUUUUUGGUCUUAAAUGAAGGUACGGGUUAGACAUUAGGGUUAGCAGUGUGGUUAAAGGAAAGGAAAGGGAAAGGGGGAUACCUAGUCAGUUGUACAACUGAAUGCCUUCAACUGGAAUGUGUCUUCCGCAUUUAACCCAACCCCUCAAGGCUAGGGUUAAGGUUAGAGUUUAGGUUUAAAAUCAGGUUUUAUGACUUUGUGGUUGUGCAAGCUAGUGACCACCCUGCAGAGCUGCCUCCAAGGCAAGACUCAUGAAAGUAAAUGCCAACCUGCUCCAUUCAUCCUGAACUUGAAAAUCAUGCACACUUGCGUAUGUUGAAUUUCACGAUUGAUGAUUGAUGAUUGACCAAACAAAGCAAUAAUUAGUCCAUGUAGAAAUGGUCCAUCUCAGAGAUUUGAAGGUGCUAGGUUUUACAGAAAUGCCUGUUGUGCUGGGAUAAUAUACCGGUAUACUUAAGUUAUCAAAUCAUUAAAUAGUAAUGCCACUUACGAAAUGGUAUCCCCGAAUAUGCUAAUGACUUAAUAACAAGGUCACAGUGUAUGACUAUAUUUGGAACAUAUGGCUGUAACCGUGGGGUGAAAUGACAUUCAAGCAGCAGAGAGGCACACGCAUUAGUCAUGACAUCAUCCUUUCCAUUGCACCACACUUAAUUUGAAGGCCUUCAGUUUGGCAUGAGGUACUUACAGCAUCUAAUAACCCAAUAUCAUGAUAUAUAGAAAAAUCCUGAUACUCCUUAUUACGAUGAUCAUACUGUGAAAAUCACUUACCGUCCCAGCCCUAGCCAUUCAGGAGAGCCAGGCAAACAGUAUGGGUGAUGUAACAUGCAUAAAAGUGUUUCCAUGCUUUUUCCCCCCUUCCCCCCCCCUUUUUUUUUUUACUUCCCUGCCCCUUUGUAUGCUAAUCAGGGCACAGAGAUUAGGAAUGGGCUCUGCAAAGAUGUGCUAAAAAAGCCAACCUAAUGGUGCCAUCAGUCUUCACCUUUUACAACAAAAUGAAUGUUAUCAUAUAUGUCUUCAGCAAUGUAUUAUUCUCCGACGAAUGGUUGGUUCACUCAUUUCUUUCUCAUUAAAAGUAAGGAAAAUAUAGAUAUUUCCAACUGCAGUUGUGUAAAAAAAAAAUAGGGGGGUUUCACAGUAUUUUGAACAUAGAGUACCAGUCAAAAGUUUGGACACACCUAGUCAUUCAAGGGUUUUUCUUUAU